AUGGAAAGAAUAGAUGUACCAUCGUUCUGGGAGUUCAAAGGAGCCGGUGAUUAUACGGAUCAAAAACUAUUGAUGUCAUCCCCAUUUCCUGUUACCACGAUUAUAAUCCUAUACUUGUGGUUCGUUUUGAAAUUCGGUCCGGAAUUCAUGAGGCAACGAAAACCCUACAAUGUUGAAAAGCUUCUUGUUGUAUACAACAAUUUACAAGUUGCCGUCUCGUUUUACAUCUUUUAUUUGGGCUACCAAUUUAUGAGUAAAUACGGAAUGUGGAACAAGAAAUGUCUGUGCGAAAAAGACGAAACAAAAAUUUUGAUCCUAGACGGGAGUCAUUACUAUUUCGUAGCCAAAGUUGUGGAACUGAUGGACACUAUAUUCUUCGUCCUACGUAAAAACCAACGCCAGGUGACCUUCCUUCACGUCUACCAUCACACUAUGAUGGUUUUGGUCACGUGGUCAGUGGUGAAAUACAGCAGGACUGAUGGCACAGUUUUCCUCGGAACCAUUAACUCUUUCGUCCACAUUAUCAUGUACGGAUAUUACUGUUUGUCCGUUUUCCCGAGGAUCACGAAGUACUUGUGGUGGAAGAAGUACAUCACUGCUAUGCAGCUGGUUCAAUUCGUAAUGAUGUUUCUGCACAUUAUAAUCAAUCACGUUUCGUCUGAGUGUCAGCCGGCACAUGGUCUGCUUUUCGUUGUCUGCUUCAACACAGUGUUAUUCUUGUAUUUAUUCGGUGAUUUCUACAUAAAGUCUUAUUUAAAAAAUAACGCUAAACAAAUCAUAAACGCUGGUAAAUCGAUGAACGAUAAAGGAGCGAUUAAUUACGGUAAAAUGACUGUGAAAAUGCAGUAA